AUGGAUGCGUGCGGAGGCUGUCCUCAAUUGCCAUCUUCACGAGUAUACAAUCGUCGGAAAGCGAUACCAAGCCGACCAUCAGUCAGUAUUGUGAUGAUGAAUGUCAACUACGUUCUCGUUCUUCUCGUUCUUGUCGCCGUCGUUGCACUUUCGGAUCAGGCGGAUUCUGAUGCCCAGUAUCGGAAAGACUUGAAGCAAAUAAAUUACUACAACUGGUUACUUCACCGUCAUCGAACUGAGAAGCAGAAAAUUGAGAAAACCAACAAGUGGGUUAUCAGAAGAAAACAUCAAAAAAAGAUGGCAGAUUCUCCUGAUAUUUUUGUUUCCAGUGACAUCAAAAAGGCACGUCUCGCUAAACUGCAAGAAAUAUUGGACACACCAGCUCCACAUAAUGUAACCCUAAUUGCAUUAGAAUCGGAUUUCGGAAAACUUCGUCACUUUGUGCACCCAGUUGGAAACAAACCAGUCACCGAGAAUGCAGCCGAACUUAUGUCAAUCAUUUCUCCACAGAACAGACAAGCAAGAGGACAACACGAUGCAGCUGGUAAACAAGAAGGACUUGUGGAGUUUCAACUAUCCGAAAGAGAAUACCAGAAGUUCUCUAAAUUUUUGUCUAACAGAACUAUAAAGAAAAAGUUUGUCUAG